CUUGUAUCGCACGUAGGGUAUUAGUAUAUAUAAUGAUCUUUUGUCUAUAGUGGUUCAGUUAAUUCUUCCACAGAGUAGUUGACAAAAAACCAGAAUAAUCAAAUUAAUAACAACUGCACAAACUCUUCACUCAUAUCAUAUCCGCCCAAUUCUCUCUCACUCACGCCAAAAAACCAAAAAGCCGCCGGAAAAUUCCUCAAUCCCCGCCAUGAAAACCCUCAUCAAACUCAUCCUCAUCCUUUCCCUCAUCUCUCUAACCCACUCAUCCUCGACCUGCGGCGGAGAGGACUCCGACCACGCCGCCGUCUCCCGAGCAUUCGCCGCAGUCGCCAACUUCAAUACCUCCUGGCUCUCCCACCCCAACUGCUCGACCCCCCGCGUCUACGAAAUCAUCCUCCCGUCGCGAAAUCUCACCGGCGCCGUCGCGUGGAAGCACCUCUGCAACCUCACGCGCCUCCGCACGCUGGAUCUCUCCGGCAAUUACCUGGCCGGCUCCGUCUCCCCCGCGAUUUGGUCCCUCCCCGGCCUCCUCGCGGUCGACCUGUCGAGGAACCGGCUCGGCGGGGCGGUCGGAGUUGUUAAACCGGGUUUGCUGGGAUCCUCGCCGGUCCGAAGGGUCAAUCUCUCCUAUAACAGGUUCAGCAGCUUCACCCAUUUCUCGUAUUUUGGGAAUCUCACCUCCUUCGAUAUGUCGCACAAUGAUUUUCAGGGUGUUGCUUUUCCUUCCUGGUUUUCCAAUUUAACGAAUCUCGAGACGCUAGACGUUUCCGGUUGUGAUUUUUCCGGCAAUUUGAAGCCCAUUUCCGGUUUCAAAUCCUUGAAAUACCUAGAUGUGUCUAGCAAUCGGUUCGCCGGUAGGUUUCCGGCUGAUUUCCCACAAUUGGACGGCUUGAAAUUUUUGAACAUCUCGUUCAACAACUUCUCCGUCUCCUUGGAUUCGAAAAAGCUUCAAAAAUUCGGCAAUUCUGCUUUUAUCCACGCCGGCAAUUUAACCAGCCCGCCGGUAAACAACACCGCCAGCACCACAAAGCCCGAUUUGCACAUCAAUCGCAACCAACCGGCGGCGACACCACACCGCCAAACAAAUAACCUCAAGCCCGUGAAGAACAAGAAAAAGCCCGAUUCGAAGAAGAGAAGAGACCUAAUCCUGUUCGCAACACUAGCUUCGUCUUCGUUCCUAGCCAUGGCAGGAAUCGCGCUCUUCACUUACUGCGCGUACCGAAAGAGAAAAUGGGCCAGGCGGAACAAGUGGUCAAUCUCGAAGCCGGUCCACCAGAUCCCCUUCCGGAUCGAGAAGUCCGGCCCAUUUGCGUUCGAGACCGAGUCCGGUUCGUCUUGGGUUGCGGACAUCAAAGAGCCCACCUCAGCUCCUGUGGUGAUGUUCGAGAAGCCGCUGAUGAACCUCACAUUCAAAGACCUAAUUGCCGCCACGUGUCGGUUUGGAAAAGAGUCCCUCUUGGCGGAGGGCAGGUGCGGGCCUCUCUACCGGGCUGUUCUGCCCGGAGAGCUCCACGUGGCAAUCAAGGUCUUAGAAAAUGCCAGGGGGCUUAGCCAUGAUGAAGCUGUGGCUAUGUUUGAAGACCUUUCCAGGCUCAAGCAUCCAAAUUUGCUGCCAGUUUUUGGCUACUGCAUUGCUGAAGAAAACGCCAAUUUUCAGCUCGUCCUUUACGAGUACAUGCCCAACGGCGACCUCCACCGUUGGCUUCACGACGAGCUCCCCUUCCUUUCCGGGCCUCCCGACACCGACGACUGGAGCGGUGACGUCUGGGAGAUUCGAGCCGGGCCCGCCGGGCCGGGCCCGGAUGACAAAGUUGAGUGGCACACGCGCCACCGGAUAGCGGUCGGCGUGGCCCGCGGGCUCGCUUACCUCCACCACGCGGGCUCGAGGCCCGUCGUGCACGGGCACCUCGUCCCGUCAAACGUGCUUCUUUCGGACGAUUGCGAGCCGAGGAUUGCUGAUUUCGGAAUGGGCUCGGGCUCGACUUUUGGUGACGUGCACGAUUUUGGAGUUGUGUUGAUUGAGCUGCUGACGGGGCGGCCAGGGAUGGAUGAGACGGUGGGGUGGGUUAGGGGGUUGGUGAGGGAUGGGAAAGGGGAGGAGGCGCUGGACUCGAGGCUGGCCGGGUGUGGUGCUGAGGUGGCGGGGCAGAUGGUGGAGUGUUUGCGGGUCGGGUACCUUUGCACGGCGGAGGACCCGGGAAAGAGGCCCACUAUGAGACAAGUGUUGGGGAUGUUGAAAGAAUUGAAUCCUUCGCCACCGUUGGAAUGUAUUUGA